UUUAUCCCUCCUAUCCACAAAAUAAUCACCCAAUCAAUUUUUCAUCGCUCUCACCAACAAAACCAAUUAAUUCACAACCAAGAGACAUACCAUCAAUAAAUGACCUUUUAGAAAAAUUAGAUCAAAAGUAUGGAGAUGAUUUGUUUACUCAAUUUUUGGACAGUUUUAUCAAUGAAUCAAUUGAUGUUUUGGACAUUAAAUGA